AUGCUCUAUAUUUGUUCUUAUCAUUCUCAGACGAUUCAAGCAGCUUUAAGAGCAUCUUUACAUAAAAUGGAAGGUGUGAUACCAGGUGGUUGUGGAAUUAGUUCAUCUAAACAUUUUUCCUUCUCGACUAUUGAAACCCAUUGGUGGAACAAGGAUGCUGAUUUACUCGGCAAAACUGUUGAUAGAUUGCGAUGGUGGACAUCCACAAUUCGAUUUUAUUCGGCUUCUCCGCAAAAUGACCCAAACUCGUGUGCUAACUUGAGUUCUUCCUUCUUUGACAAUCUUGUUUACCGACUUUACUAUAUUCCCCUUGUGACCUCUGGUGGUUCUGUGGAUACUUUUGACAAUCCUAACACGAUUCAAGUUUUGCGAUCGCUCAGCAAACUCUCAUCCUACGGUGAAGCUCCGUUACGAGGAACAUUAGUUGGUACUUUCAAAGCUAGAGAUUUGAAAUUGUUUGAAGAUAACAGCCAUGAAAUUCAAGUUGCUCGGCAUUUAGGAACUGCAGCUGUCUAUAAUGUGAUUGCGGAGUGUAAAACGGACUCUUCCGGUGACAUUGAGAGCUCAGUGUUUGUUGCUUAUGCCCCUACAGUGUUGUACGCAUGUCCACAUACUGGAAAAUCUCACUCCGAUUCAAUUCGAAUCACAUCUGACCAACUCUCCUGUGAUUUACUCGGAAACGCUUCAAUUAUAACAGAAAUCUGCAUUGGAGUGAUUUUCAUUGGUGCUAUUCUCUAUGCUCUAGCUGGAAGUUUCUGUGUUUGGUUUCGUUGUGGAAUCGCAAUUGUUCUCUUGUUCAUAUACUUUUGCUUGGUAAUAUUCUACGGUUAUAUACCAUCUGAAAGUAAAGUUGGUUAUGUGAUAGUUGCCGGAUUGCUGAUUCCAAUGGCUUUGGCAUGUAUUCUAAUGGCCGUGAUCUAUCUCUUUUGUAUUCGACGCUCCCAUGUUUCAGGAGCACCCCCUUUGUCUCCAACUAUUUUUAAUUCCGGUGGCGGUCCGGGUUCUUAUGGAUCUUUCAAUCGGGAUUACGGUCGGACUCAAACUGACUCCAAUUCUUUCAAUGUUGUCAAUCCGCAUUUCCAACCUUUCCCUGAUGUCCCAACAUCGUCGUCAUCUCAAGAGGAUGUUUGUCGAAAUUCUGCAUUUGUUAAGUUCAUUAAUUGUUGCUGUUGGUGCCGAGUGAUGAAUCCCUUUCGACUUUGGCGUCUAGUUAGGCUGGUAUCGAUUUUUCCCGCAGUUCUAUUGCUUACUUCAUUCAUUAUGCAAUUGGCGCUGGUAUUGUUGAAGGAUUCGCUGCAAAAUGUGUACCUACAUUUCAUUCUGUUUGGCAUUGUCUACGUGCUCUUACUAGGCCUCAUGUUUAAAUACAAGAAUUUAUCCUUUGGAUUUGCUGUGGGCCUGACUGGAUUGUACAUUGCUCUCACUUCAGUGGCUCUACUGGGGGUUAAGAACUCAUUGUUGCCGUAUGUACUACUGGAUGAAUUUCUUGUCUUGGCUUGGCCGCAGGAGCGACUGAGAGUCUACAAUAUUCCAGCCUAUGGGAGAAAUGGUACUCUCUUUUUUUUAUCAUUUAUAAAUUAUUCAUAA